AUGCUUGGUACACGUCACGUUUCGGAUGGAGAUAUUUUCCCAGAGGGACCACGCGCUUUGAUGGCGCGUGGGAUAAUGUUGUGGCGGUUGGCCGUGGUCCCCGCCCUUGGGUGCGGACAACAGCGAGUAGACGACAGCGUGUUUUUGGUCGAAAGCU